AUGACGGGCAAGGAAGCGAUGACGAAUGUGGAGACAAUGACGAGUAGUGGGUGCUUGAUGAAUGGUCCCGCGAGCGGAGCAGCGGGCGGCCAGUGGGGACAACAACCAAGGACCGAUGGAUAG